GCUCCAGUGGUGGCGUCCUUUCCUCAUUUCUACCUGGGCGAAGAGAAGUACUCUAACGCCAUUGAAGGACUGAAUCCUGUGAGAGAUCACCACCAGACCUACCUGGACCUGAACCCGGUACACAAACCUCUAGCAUUCACUUCUCUGGGGCCUGCCCUAGAGUAUAAUAGAUAAUUUACUUUAAAAUGCAUUGUUGCACCAUCUAGUGCUACAUUUGUGGAAUAGAGAAUUGCACCAACUGUAAAAUAUGAAAUAAUGUUCCCAACCUACCAGCCUAUUUUUAUUCAUGUUUAACCUAGAUAUAAAUCAUGUAUCCAGUACAUUGAGCGUUACACCUGCAGUUCACAUGGCUCAUCAAGUGUGUAUGUGUUAUUCUACACUUCCAGACCACUGGUAUUCCUAUCCGUGCCAGUAAGAGGGCUCAGAUCAACAUCCUCAUCAACAGAAUCUCUGGCUUCCCGUGAGAUAUCACAAAUCCACAACCACAACCCAAGUUCAAAUAGCUAAAGGCUUUUAUAAUCUUUGUUUUUAUAUGAUUUCCUUCCAUUGUUUAAUGAUUUCCAUAUUACAACCACCAAGUUCAACUACUGAUAUACUCUUUAUUAUUUCUAUAUUAUUUCCUUCCUUUGUUUAAUGAUUUUCUUACAAUCUCUUCUCCUUCACAGGAAAACCAAAUCCCUGAAUGAGACCAUCUUCCCUGUCAUGUUUAUCAAUGAGGUAAGAAGAUCACAUCAACUCCACAAAAACAUACAACUUUGGGAGAAUAUGAAAUUUGAAAUCAGAAAAUAUGUUUUAAUCUGAGCAUUGAUCGCAAAUUUGCAAUGACAACUUUGUCCUUUUCGAUUGUACUGUAUCACGUUACAGAGCAUUGUGCUGUGAGUGACACCCCCAGAUAGUAGACUGUCAGUGAGUUUACAGUGUCUACUCUCUCUACUGAUAUGUUAUGCACCUUCUUUACCCCCUUCUUCAGACGGUGGUGAUAGACGACACGUCGGCUGCGAAGCUCCAAAAGCUGUUGCUGAUGGUGACGUUGGUGUCCAACUUCCCUCUCAUCAUUGUUGGUCUGGGGGCCAUCCUGCUGCUGGUGUUCAUCUGCCUCGUCGUCCGUGAAUGCAAACAG